AUGCGCUUCUCAUCUAACCUAUCUAUCCUGACACUCUCCCUCUUCAUCCAUCUCGUAUUGAUCCUCUACGCUCACCAUGUCGAUUCUCAUCCUGAGCAAUUUGGUGGACUCAAAUACACCGAUGUAGAUUGGAGGGUCGUCAUUGACGGUGCGAGGCUGAUAGUCAAUGGAGGGAGAAGGAGGGGGAGGAGCGUAGACGAUGGUGACCCAGCAAGAGCACAGGGAUGGAUAGUUGAUGCUCUGAAUCUCAAGAUCGGGGAUCCGUACGCUCGACAGACGUUCCGAUACACUCCACUGCUACCUCUUGUUCUAUCGCCAGCUCUGAUACAUCCUCUCCUGGGAAAGGCGUUCCUGACACUUUUGUCGUUGUCAAUUCCCGUCGUACUGCUCUCUCGACCAUCCCACUGUCGUCCAAGCAAGGGCCUAGUCCAUGCACUGUGGACGCUCAACCCACUAGUCGUGAACAUCACCACACGAGGAUCUCCAGAAGCAAUCAUCGUCCUCUUAGUCAUCUGUACCGUUUCGGCGCUUGUGCAGAACAGUGUCACCACAUUUAAACAGCGAGAGAACCCCUCGUCACGCUGGGAAAAGGUCGCUGCGCUGCUUUACGCCAGCUCUAUUAGCUGGAAGAUCUACCCUGUCAUCUAUGCUCCGGCCAUUUGGGCACAUCUCGCCAAGAGGCAUCGAGGAUGGUUCGCCUCAGAGAUCUGGCUCUUUGGAACGUGGACAUUGUUCAGCAUGCUGGUGAUCAAUCUGCCUCUAUGGUCUAUCUGGGGUCAGCCGUUUCUCGACCAGACUUUUCUGUAUCACUUAUCAAGACUCGACCAUAGACACAACUUUUCCCCAUACUACUAUCCCAUCUAUCUGUCCAUUUCAGAAUCGAGCAUGUCUACCCCAACUUCUUCCUCCAUACUGUCCGCCCUCUCGGCAUUCUCACAACAUCCGCUCGCUUCGUUUGUACCGCAGAUGGGUCUGGCCACGUUCAUCGGUCUCUAUCUUACUCAGAAGACAAGUCUGGAGUUCGCAAUCUUCCUACAGACCGUGACAUUCAUAGCAUUCAACAAAGUUUGCACGUCCCAGUACUUUACAUGGUUUAUCCCGCUUCUGCCAUCCGUCAUACCCCAUCUUCGUUUGAGCGCCAGACGCACGGCUGUCCUUCUCAGCGCUUGGGUCGGUGGACAGGCUUUAUGGCUAUCCACGGCGUAUAGACUCGAAUUCCUCGCUCAAAGUGUCCAUCUCCAAUUGUGGGCGAGUGGUUUAGUGUUCUUCAUGAUCAACGUCUGGAUCAUUGGCAGCUUGGUCGAUUCUUGGGCCGAAGCUGAUACACGCCAUGUGGAGCCAAAGCAGCCAAAAGGCUGA